CCCUUUUUACACACUUAAAAUUAACCAGGAGGUGUGGACAUCGUCUCUUUUUCCAAAAAAAGUAGGGGGUUAUAACCAGAAGUAGCUGGCAACACAUGUGAAGAUGGCUGGCCUCUGCUGGCUGGUGAUGGUGCCAGCCUUCUUCCUGUCUCCUCCAAACAUUUUGGCUGCUGUAGACCAGGACUGGCUCACGAACAUUGUAGCAGCCGUCAAGAACGAGUAUGAACUAGGUGAUUCCUUCAGCGUGGCUUUGAACAUCCCACAGAAUCAAGAUCCAAGCAGUCUCCAAGAAAUCCUUCAGAAUGACCCAGCAGACAGAGUUAGAGGAGCCCUUUCACAGGGCCAAGUGUACAAAGGCACCAGGGUGGUGGCAGCAACACAGUCACAGGAACUAUCACAUGUUCUUCAGAACAUACAACCAUUCAUAAAAAGUAGUGAGGGUAACGUUCUCGUCAUCUACUCUGAAAACUCUCCAAUUUCAAAUGAUAAAGGUAUCACUUUGAACAUUGGUGAUAUCACUCACAACUGGAGUGGUUAUGCGUUUGUUUUUUCUAAUGUAGCUGAUGUUCCUGCUUCAGACACGUCUCAGCUGACUCAAUCAUUUAAGCAUCUUGAGAUUGCCAAACUUGGGCUUAACAACAUAUAUCGUUGUUAUGAACCUGGAGAUGAUACUUUUCAGUGCACAAGUUGCUCCUCGGGGGGAGAUGUUACACCCGAAUGUGUUGCAAACACAGCCCUGUCAAAUCAAGAACAAGGUACAGAUGUAGAAACACCUAAACCAGGCCUUGGCACUGGUCUAUUCAAUGACAUAGGCACUGGUAUAGAGACUGGUAUAGGCAAUGACAUAGGCAGUAAGAUACCUCCAGGCUCAGGUAGGGGAAAAGAGGGUCAAAUGAGCAAGUGCAAAGGAAAUCAAAGAGGAAGCUUCAAACGCAGGGGAGGCAGCCAGCUUAGAGGAGGAGGUCGAUGUAAAAAAGGAAGCAAGCUUAGAGGAGGUGGCCGGCGUAAAAAAGGAAGCAAGCUUAGAGGAGGAGGUAGACGUAGAAAAGGAAGCAAGCUUAGAGGAGGAGGCAGACGUAAAAAAGGAAGCAAGCUUAGAGGAGGAGGCAGACGUAAAAAAGGAAGCAAGCUUAGAGGAGGUGGCCGGCGUAAAAAAGGAAGCAAGCUUAGACGAGGAGGUAGACGUAAAAAAGGAAGCAAGCUUAGACGAGGAGGUAGACAUAGAAAAGGAAGCAAGCUUAGACGAGGAGGUAGACGUAGAAAAGGAAGCAAGCUUAGACGAGGAGGUAGACGUAGAAAAGGAAGCAAGCUUAGAGGAGGAGGCCAACGUAGAAAAGGAAGCAAGCAAGGCAGAAAACAGGGCAAAGGCAGAAGAGGAAGCAAAAGCAAAAGACGCAAGAAGAGUAGAAGAGGUGGCAAACGUAGACAUGGUUAAGGUAAAACAGGUCUGUCAUAUAGCCUUAAAUUCUGACAAGCAACCCAGUGAAGCUUACAAACACAAGAUCCUCUGAGAAACUGCAUUAUUUUUCCUUUUCAUAGAUUUUUUUAAAUUUUUUUUUUAUGCUAGCUUAACUCGUAUUUUUUGGCCUUUAUACACAAAAUAAUUUGCUUUCGAACAUGUCAGUAAGUUAAUAUGACCAUGUCCCAUGUCACCUGCUGUUUAAACCUUCAAGGAGCUGCCAGAAAAUGUUGGUUCAAAAAAAGAAUAAAAUACAUUUGAAAAUAAUUUUUAAAAAACAUGACAAUAGAAAUUAAAAGAAUAUGUCGACUUUAAGAAUUUUACAACCUUUUAAUGAUUUAAAGAGCUUUUGUGAAACAUUCUUACAGAUCUGUGGUAGGAGCAAUAAACUUGAAACUUUUGUCUUGAAUCAUAAAUUUGAGUCACAUAAAGGGACUUUGAAGAUAUUUGACUACUAUUUCAUUUAGUCAAAGAUUAAACAUGAUCAAAACUUUAAUGUUCUUUUCUUCUUGAUUAAAGCUUGGCUUGGCAUGCA